GACACAACCACGACCAGGGACCAACCUCCCCGUCUACUCUACUGGGCAGAUGAUGCUGGUACAAGCACUCCCACGUCGGUAGAAUAGUCAAUCAACAAGGCCAUGCUCCGUGUAUCGCGCGACUCGGUACAUUGUCUUACAGGCCAAGGCACCCGUGCAGCCAUUCACCGUGUCGACGCGCUCGAUGCACCACCCGUCCAGCAGUGGCAGACACAAGCAGGGAUUCAAUGCCUCGACUGGUCGCAUGCUUCCACGAAUCUCCUGGCACUAGGCUAUAGUACUGGCGCUGUGGACCUCAUCAAGCCCUUUGCCGAUUUGGAGGAGGCCAUCAAAGUACCUGCUGCGCGACAACGCAACUGUACAGCUGUCGCAUUUGGAUCAGGAGCACACCUUGCUAUUGGGCUAGAUAAAGUACGCCACGAUUAUUCCCUCUCCUUGUAUAAUGUCGAAACGCAAACCGUCACGGGUCAGUAUGCAGGCAGUGAAGGCGUUUCUUCCCUAGCCUGGGCGCCAGACUCACAGCAUUACCUCCUAGCGGGCCUCAAUUAUCGGUGGCUACGACUCAUUGAUCUACGUCAAGACCCCAAGGAUGGCUCGGCCAUUUCAAUACCGACCAAGGCGGCGUUCAAUAUAACAGUGGAUGUGCAAGAUCCCAAUAAAUUCGCAUCAACGUAUGGCGAUACAGUGAGCAUUUGGGAUCGUCGAGCAAGUACAGGCAAGCCAGAACUGUGUUUAUGUACAGACGACAAGCAGCGCAUCACAGGCUUGCGCUUUGCGCCAAGUUAUCGCGCCCACCUCGCAGCAUCGUGUGAAGACGGCUCCCUCAAUUUAUGGGAGUUGGAUGAUGCAGGGGACAUCAGUCGCCUAUCUCGCGCCAAUGUAGCAAGACGACAGGAAGAAGGCCUACGUGUCAAUCGGCACCACGUCGUCAAGCGGGAGAAUCUCGCUGGAUUUGACUAUUGUGAGCGUGCUGGACAAUCGCCUUGGACGUUUUUGACGUUGCAUGGAGAUGGUGGCGUUAAGGCAGAUACAGUUCAAACUAUUAAACCAGCCAUGUCGCUCUCAAGCCGCGGUGAUUUGAGUAUGGCCUUUGGCGGCAAGCUGCGUAUUGCUCAAGCACAGGAAACACCAGCAGCAGAAUUACACAAAGACGAUAGUAGUUGCAGCUCUCCACGCUUGGGAAAUCCCUUUUCACGAUCAGAGUCGGUAUCUGAUUCGGCAACAGAUGCAGAAGUACCUGCAAAGUAUCGCGACAUGUCUAGUGUCUUGCAAAGCGACAUUUCAAAUUUGAUGCGGCGACGUGCACUCGACAAGUAUGAAAUGGAUGCAGAGCUGAAUGCGGGACUCGUCCAGGAGGAGAGUUUGCAAACGGUCUGGCGCUGGAUUGCUUGGUCGCGUCGACAGAGCCUUGCUGGCAAACUACGCCAUGGCAGUUUGGAUUUCUGCUAUGAGGGAGCCCUGAAUAUUUGCAGUGGCAGUGCAGGGAGCUUGAAGCGACCGAAUGCUUUGUCACAGGCACACACGGAGAAGUUUACACAAGCCGUGACGCAAGUCAAUAGUCGGCGUGCAUGUGACAUUCUGCCAAAAUCACUCUCCUCGCUCGGUACGAGACAGCUCGCUUUGACAACGACCGGCUGGUGCUUGACGAAUGAGGAAUUUGACGUUUUCCAGAAAGACUUGCUUGAUAAGCGGCAAUUUGACAAGGCUGCCUUUUAUGCGGUUGCCCAGCACGGUCAAGUGGAAGAGGCUGUCAAGAUACUCAUGAUGGGUGGGAGCGUUAUGCGUAUUAUGUCCGCUGCGAUUGCUGGCUUUGUUGCUGCAAAAGCUGGAAAGGAUGAGGGACAGCAACCAUUCAACAUUUGGAAGGAGAGCUGUAAGCGUCUUGCUGUGGAGCUGGAUUCUCCCUAUAUCCGUGCGCUCUUUGCCUUUGUCUCUGAGGGAAGCUGGCGCGAUGUGCUAGAUGAGCAAGGUUUGACGCUGCGAGAACGCAUCAGUAUUGCAAUACGCUACCUCAAGGACGAAGAAAUUGCGAGUGUUUUGCGGGCCAUGAGCAAGACUGAGACGGAUGAGGGCAACUUGGAAGGGUUGCUAUUGACUGGUAUUACCACCACGUCGCUUGAUUUACUACAAACGUAUGUUGAUCGGACGGGCGAUGUACAGACCGUGGCACUCGUGACGUCCUUCAAGCCGGAGCUGUAUGAAGAUCCACGCGUCAUGGAUUGGGUUGCAGAGUACAAGAAUCUGCUCAACAGCUGGGGCCUGUUUCAUACGCGAUGCCGUCUGGAUGUCAUGCGGAAUCGCCUGUCUCGCGAAGCAGGGGUCACGACACGCCUGCCACCCAGGCAGAUUUACGUGCGAUGUAAUCAUUGCGGUGCUAAUCUAACGCAUCAUCGCAGUGAUGCAGCCAUUGCCUCGCGUGAUCACACAACGCACAGUGGGCAUCAACAGUCUGGUAUGACGGCUACAAAGGCGACGUUGUGCCCGAGUUGCCGAAAACCCUUGCCACGCUGUGCACUGUGUCUCUUGCCACUUGGAACGAGCCCCGACCAAGAUACGGCGACGUGCAGAGUGCAGGACAAGGCACAGCGUACGUUUGACUGGUCGCUGAACUUUUGCCUGCGGUGCAAUCACGGGUGCCACUCAGAACAUGCUGUAGCGUGGUUCCGGCAGAGUGCUGUGUGCCCUGUGUCUGGGUGCAGCUGUGAGUGUGAUGGAUAGUUACUACUUACCUACUACUCUACUACUACCCAUCUGAUAGUCACGUGAUAGCAGUCACAUUGCCACGCAAUGACUCACCCUUGCCUAACCCCAGCUUGGUCCUGUUGAGCUGGAGAGAGAAGGA